ACCUCAAGCGUUCUACGUUGCGCGGCAAUACGCAUUAAACCACAUUAAAAGAGUUAAAAACUUAUACGUUAUUGAAAUCCAGCUUGUUUCACGCGUGGUGGACCUUUAGUGCGGCAAGGACAGGCGCACUCCGGUCUCGGCCUGCGCCCCGGCGCUGAAACGCCAAAAUGGACCCUAAGCGUAUGAGAAUAAAUGUGAUUUGUAAUUAGCUAGCGCGUAUGUCAGCGCAAACGAAAAUCUAGGUCGAAAAACAAGCGUGAAUAGAAUGUUAAAAACAUUAAGUAUAAUGUAACUAUGAAAAAGAUUUUAUGCUUCGGGACAGGGAAAAAUGAUGGCGACGUUUUGCAAAUUAUUUCAUUAUUACUGGUUCUACCCACCAUUUUGCGAGCUCAAAAUACCCUGGGGUGCCCUGACUUAAUAAGAAGCAAUAAAUGUUCGUGUUAUACAUUUGAAGACGGAUUAUUUCUUGAUUGCCAAGAUACGAUUUUAAAAGAUGUCAAAAAUGCUCUUAAACGUGUAUCAGAUAUACAUUCAUUAUCUGUAUUCGACCUCGACGACAACGAAGAAUCUUUAGGAUCCCAUUUCAUACCUCAAGGCGUUUGCAUAAAACAUAUUCAUAUGUCAAGAACAAGCAUAAGGGAAAUUGGUGAUGACACUUUUAUGCCAUUGAGAAAGUGCCUUCAAACUUUGAGCAUUGUAUCGAGCAAAAUUAGAUAUAUACCACAAAAAUCGUUCGCCGGCAUGCUUAAAUUGAUGUCAAUAGACCUAACUUCUAAUUACAUUGAGGAUAUACCGAGUUACAGCUUUUACGGUCUUCCGUUAAUGAAAUUGAACAUAAAAGGAAAUGUGAUACGUGAUAUAUCCGGUUCUGCUUUUUCUAGUUUAGAACUCUCCCUCUCUGAAAUUGAUUUGAGUGAAAACAAUCUAACUACGUUUCCGAUAGGCUCUCUUUCGAAAUUAAGACAUUUGCGGUCAUUGAGAUUAGCAUGGAAUGAAAUGUCAUCGUUUCCUAUUGUAGACAAUUCUGACUUAAUAUCUUUAGAGUACCUUGACCUCAAUUCCAAUAAUUUUGAAUUUAUUUCAGAAGACUGCCUAAAAUUUUGUCCGUCCCUCAUUACGUUAUCAUUUCAUUUUAACUUUAUAAACAACAUACACUAUCGAGCUUUUCACUCCUUAAUUAGCUUGAAAUCUUUAGAUUUAAGCCAUAAUAGAAUAAAAAUAUUAAACCCCAACCUUUUUCAAAACAAUAAAAAUUUAGUAUUUAUAGAUUUGAGCCACAAUCAUUUGCAUCACAUAAAUGGAUUAUUCUGUAAUCUACCAUCUCUUAAUGAAAUAUAUUUAAGUCACAACAACAUUCUGGAUGUGCCAAUCGAUUCUUUUCUUAAUUCUAAUAAAAUUAGUGCAAUAAAUUUAGAUAAAAAUUGUAUAAGCAAUAUAAAUAGUGAGAGCUUUAGUAAUUUGAUGAGCCUAGGAAAACUGCGAUUAGACUUUAACUACCUAAAUCAAGUGCCACAAAAUAUUUUUAUAAACAAUAAUAAUGUAGUGAAAUUAAGGUUAGACAAUAAUAAUUUUGUAGAAAUAAAUAAUAAUACUUUUCAAUCUCUAAUAAAUAUUAAUGAAAUUAGAUUGAAUAAUAAUAAAUUGAAAUUUAUAUCGAAAUAUCACUUUGCAAAUUCCUUAAAAGUGGAAGAAAUAUACUUGAGUCAUAAUGAAAUAAAUUUUAUUGAAGCAGGGGCAUUUAUAAAAAUGGCGAAUUUAAAAUUUCUCAGUCUUCACCACAAUAAUCUUUUAGAUUUUAAUGACGUUUUGCCAAAAAUACAUUCAAACUUACUCACGCUUCAUCUAGAUUCAAAUUCGUUAACGUUAUUGAGCAAUUUUAUGUUUCAUUCUCAAGACAAAAUGACUUACUUAAGUUUAAAAAAUAAUCAUUUAAAAUUUUUAACUCGAAAUACAUUUCGUAAUUUAAGCCAUAUUACUCGACUUGAAUUAAAUAACAAUGAGUUUUCAAUAGUAGAAGAUUUUUCUUUUCAGCAUUUAAAUUCAGCGAGGUUUUUAAAUUUACAAUUUAACUAUAUACGCAAUAUUACAAAUUAUACUUUUUUCGGUUUAAGUGAACUAGAAGACCUAGAUAUUUCGCACAAUACAGUUAACUUUGUUUCGGAUAUGGCCUUCGACACUUUAAAAAAGUUAAGAAGCUUGAAUUUGUCAUUUAAUCCUCUUAAAAUUCUUCAGAAAAAUAUUUUUCAAAUAGGUUUGCCAUUGAGCUCAUUAUAUUUAGAUAAUUGUGAGAUUCAGUUAAUUGAAAAUGACACUUUUCAAGGACUAAAUAACCUAAAAAUACUUUCCAUUAAAAAUAAUUCGAUAAAAUCAAGUGAUCUCCUAUCUAUAAACAUACCAGGGUUAAAGUAUUUAUAUAUAUCUUUCAAUGUCCUUGACUAUUUACCUUUACAAUCAUUUUAUCAACUUCCACUUUUAGAAAUUUUAUACAUGGAACAUUGUAAUAUAGAACAUAUUAUGGAAGGCACGUUCAAAAAUAACAAAAAUCUCUUGAGACUGAAUCUAGCACAAAAUAUUAUAAGUUCUGUUCCCCUCAAAUUAUUCGAUACACAAAACUCUGUUUCGGAAUUUAAUAUAAGUAACAAUUUUUUAGAUUACGUGCCAUAUAAUACUUUUCACAACCUGACACAGAUUGAAACAUUAGAUAUAGCUGAUAAUUUAUUACCAAGAGUUGAACUUAGUGGUUUUGAUAAACUGACUAAACUGAAAUAUUUAAUAUUGAGAAAAAAUGAAAUAAAAUCCAUAACAGCAACUAAGAAAAUGGAAUUUACCGACUUAAUGUCAUUUGAUGUCAGUUACAAUAGACUUAAAAAUAUACCUUCAAUUAUAUUUGAAAUAUUUCCAAAUAUUCAAAAUUUGAAUAUUUCUUACAAUGAUAUAAUAAAUUUUGAUUUUUUAUUAUCUUACAAGAAAAUGGGAACUUCCCUAAUAAAUAUAGAUAUCAGUAAGAAUCCAGCAGUCUCUUGGAGUACAGCACGUAGAGUAGAUAAUAAUACGCUUCUGGCAAAUUUCUAUGAACUACACAUUUGUGCUACCAAUAUGUCAAAUAUUGAGGACAUCACAUUUGAAUUUUUCACUAGCUUACAACACCUAUAUCUGAAAUUUAAUAAAAUAAGACGUUUGCCAAUAAGUCCUUUUUCGAAAUUAUCUUUUCUAGAAAAUUUGGAUUUGAGUUAUAAUAGAAUUUCACAACUCAAAACCAGUAAUUUUCGUGGAUUAACGAAAUUAAGAACAUUAUGUUUAUCUAAUAACAACAUUGAGUCAAUGGAAUCUUUUGCUGAAGAGUUGAGCAAUUUAAAACUUUUAGAUCUUUCCCACAACAAGUUACAAAACAUUCUUAAUGAAGAUUUAAUAAACUUGAAGGAACUUACAGUUUUGCAUUUGAGUUACAACAAUAUCAAAUAUAUAUCAGUUACAGCUUUUAGAAACUUGAACAAGGUAAUUAAAAUUGAUUUAGAACAUAAUAAACUUCAAACAAUUCCUUUAGAACUACUUACUUCCAUAGAAAAUCAUGUCCAGGAGAUAUAUAUAAAAGAUAACAUUAUGAUAUGUAAUUGUCAAAAAGAUAAUACCUGGUUAUGGAUUCAGGAUCAUCCUAAAAUAAUAAACUCGAAAACAGUAACAUGUCUAAACGAUGACUACCCAAAAGAAAAAUGUGACGUACCCAUAAUUUCACAGUUAUCCGUUGACAAACACAAGGACAGCUCUGUAUCUGUUUCAUGGUUUAUUAGGAACCGAACAGCAAUCAAAGCCUUACAAAUUUUAUAUUAUGGUGAAGAUGUUCAUUCUGAUGUGAAGUCAAAAUUUUUAGAUAUGAACGAAGUGUCAACUCGCAUCACUGAUUUGGAACCAAACGUAAAUUAUGUAGUCUGUGUUAUUACUUUAUAUGAUGAUCCUAUUAUUGGCGUUGAUGACCAAGAAUUCGAAUUUAAUAAAACUACGGAAAUCGAUUUAAAUGUAACUGCGAGAAUAACCCAAGAUAUUGCUGCUGCUAUACUAACACAGUCUCCUUCCAGCGAAUGUAUCUCCUUUAGCACGUUCCACGAGCAAACGACGAAAAAACAAAAAACAUCGAAACCUUUCAAUAUAUCUCAAAUACUUAACCGUAGAAUGGGUUUAAUAGUUGGUUGUUCUUUAGGUUUUGUCGUAUUUUUUAUUAUGGUAUCGGUACUGCUGUAUACUAAAAUUAAAGAAAGGAAGAGAAUUGCGAAAUCAGACCCAACGUGGUCGGAGAUGAAUGAUUACCAUUCGAUGCAAAGUAAAGAUGAUAUAGUUCAAAAUUCUACUACGGCAUCUACUGAUAAUAUUUUGCUAGGAAUGACCAAAAGUCGUAAACAUUCGUUAGAUCAAUUGAAAUAGUCAUAGACUAAAGUAGUAUAAAAAUACUGUAAGUAUUUAUUAUAUUCUGCUAGAAUCGAAUGUUUAGAUAAAAUAUUAAUUAUAAGGAAAACAUAAAAUUCUAAAUUACGUACUAAUGUUUAAAUAUGUUGAAUUUAUUAUCUACCAACAUGUUAAUAGAUGCUUAAAUGUACGACUGUUCGCUUGUGAAUAGAAUUAGAGUAGU